AUGGACAUGGUGUCUCGAGUUGAAAGCCCCGAGGAGACUCUCGGUUCGGCUGAGGAAGAGUUGCCAUUUUCUCUUACAAGUUGUCACAGCUCCAUCACCACCCUCUACACCAGAUUCUUCACCAUCAUUCCCGUCGACAACAGACACCGUGCUCCUCCCCCGUUUCAGGCAAUCUCCACAACCCCAAGCGUCCCCGACUCCUCCCCAAGUUCCAACGUCGGACCGACCACGCCAUUCCCAGACCACCUGCAGGAGUGCAGGCAGGCAUUGGACGCCGUCCACGUUUGGGAACCCCGAACGCGUGGGAAUCCAACGUCCCCGGUCUUUCACUUCCUUGUCGUCGAAUCUCCAGUUUCCAGUUGCUCAAGACAAACAUCUAAACAUGAUUGA